AUUCACCCAGGCUCACCGGCUGAGGCUGCACCUCAUGGUAACAAGCGACAAAAGAGACUAACACUGUGUCCCCCGAGUCACAGCCUUCUGCAGCAUGACCAGUGAAAAGGUGAGAGUAUUCAAUCUCGCUGCUGGAUCUUGUGUGCACUGAAGACAGGUAGCUCUCCAGGAAUCUUCCAGGAACUUCUGAGGCAUCUGACUUUGCAACUUUGCAGCUCCCAGGUUGCAGCCAGUGUCAGACUGGACGGUGCAGAGACACUCAGCACGCUCUAAGGAUAACAGGAGAUGGAGAGAUCAGGGGGACGAGAGACUGUUUUCCAGACCACAGUGAAGAAUGGCAUCCAGAACCCAGGGCUGGAACUCAUGGAAGGAGGAAAUCCUGAGCAAAGCCAAAAGAUGCAAGAAGUGACACAGGGACACAGUCUGAAGGAUGGCUUGGGGCAUUCCUCUCACCAGAGGAGGAUUCUUCAGCCUUUCUCCAAGGCAAGAUGUUUCUUUGAAAGACAUGCUGGUUUAUUCAAGAAGAUCCUGCUUGGUCUCUUAUGUUUAGCUUAUGCCGCCUACUUCCUGGCAGCUUGCAUCCUGAACUUCCAGAGGGCGCUGGCGUUAUUUGUCCUCACUUGUCUUGUCAUCUUCAUCCUGGCUUGCCACUUCCUGAAGAAACUCUUCGCUGAAAAACUGAUCCGAUGCCUGAAGCCCCUGAAGAACUCCCGCCUCAGACUUUGGGUAAAGUGGGUGUUCACAGCAGCCUCUGUGGUCGGCCUUAUCCUGUGGCUGGCUCUAGACACAGCUCAAAGGCCAGAGCAGCUCAUCUCCUUUGCGGGAAUCUGCAUGUUUAUCCUCAUCCUCUUCGCCUGCUCCAAACACCACAGCGCGGUGUGCUGGAGGACAGUGUUUUGGGGCCUGGGCCUUCAGUUCAUCUUUGGGAUUUUGGUCAUCAGAACUGAACCUGGAUUUAAUGCGUUUCAGUGGCUGGGAGAUCAGAUCCAGACUUUCUUGGCUUACACCGUGGAAGGCUCCAGUUUUGUUUUUGGUGAUACGCUGGUCCAAAACGUUUUUGCUUUUCAGUCCCUGCCAAUCAUUAUUUUCUUUGGAUGUGUGAUGUCUAUUCUCUAUUACCUGGGCCUCGUGCAGUGGGUGGUUCAGAAGAUUGCCUGGUUUCUGCAAAUCACUAUGGGCACCACUGCUGCAGAGACCCUGGCUGUGGCAGGAAACAUCUUUGUGGGGAUGACAGAGGCACCUCUGCUCAUCCGUCCUUACCUGGCAGACAUGACCCUCUCUGAAAUCCACGCAGUGAUGACUGGAGGCUUCGCCACCAUCGCCGGCACUGUGUUGGGAGCCUUCAUAUCCUUUGGGAUUGACGCAUCAUCCUUGAUUUCUGCCUCAGUGAUGGCUGCCCCUUGUGCACUUGCCUUGUCCAAACUGGUCUAUCCGGAGGUAGAGGAGUCCAAGUUCAAGAGCAAGGAGGGAGUGAAACUGCCUCGUGGGGAAGAGAGGAACAUCCUGGAAGCUGCGAGCAAUGGAGCCACAGAUGCCAUAGGCCUUGUCGCCAAUGUUGCAGCCAACCUGAUUGCCUUUCUGGCUGUGUUGGCCUUCGUCAAUGCUACCCUCUCCUGGCUGGGGGAAAUGGUGGACAUUCAUGGACUCACUUUCCAGGUCAUCUGCUCCUAUGUCCUAAGGCCCAUGGUUUUCAUGAUGGGGGUACAGUGGGCCGACUGUCCCCUGGUGGCUGAGAUAGUGGGAGUCAAAUUCUUCAUCAAUGAAUUUGUGGCCUAUCAACAACUGUCUCAAUACAAGAACAAACGUCUCUCUGGAAUAGAAGAGUGGAUUGAUGGCGAGAAACAGUGGCUUUCUGUGAAAGCUGAAAUUAUUGCGACGUUUUCACUCUGUGGAUUUGCCAAUCUUAGUUCCAUAGGAAUCACACUGGGAGGCUUGACAUCCAUGAUGCCCCAGCGGAAGAGUGACUUGUGCAAGAUUGUGGUCAGGGCCCUCUUCACAGGUGCCUGCGUUUCCUUUAUCAGUGCCUGUAUGGCAGGAAUCCUCUAUGUUCCCAGGGGCGCUGAAACUGACUGUGUCUCGUUCUUAAACACAAAUUUCACCAAUAGAACCUAUGAGACCUAUGUGUGCUGCAGAGAGCUCUUCCAGAGUACGUGGCUGAAUGGCACCAACACGCCAUCUUUCUCCGGCCCGUGGGCAGACAAUGAGUUCAGCGCCAGGAAUCUUGCUAGCUGCUGUGAACUCUAUAACAGUACUGUGUGUGUGUGAGGCUGGUGGGGCCAUUUCCACGACAGUUCUUAUAGAACAGACCUGUGUUGCCAAACACGUUUUCUAUUCUGCAAGGACUGCGCUAAAAUCUGCAAAAGCAGAAGUUCUGGGCUCGCUGUAGCCCUGUAUAAAAAACCAGCACCCACCUUCCCACAAGACAGGAAUUCCCCGUAGGCCUUCCUGAGCCAAAUUAUGGUGGGGAUGUAGCUAAGUGGGAAAAAAUUUGUGUGGUAAAGGUUAAGAUCCAGGUUCAAUCCCCGGCUAGGCCCAGAAUGGAGAGAGUAAGGAAAUCAAAAGUAUAUGCCUAGUCUUAAGUCAGGACUGGUGGCCCAGUCCUGUAGUCUUACCACUGUAAGCCCACGGCUAAGAGGAUUGCCUCAAAUUCAAGGCAAGCCUGGGUUACUGCAAGAGUGAGAUACUGUUUCAAAAACACAGUCACCACACAGAACUACUGAGUUUCCUCAAAAAUCCAUAGCUUCCUGUUGUGUGACCUUCCAAGGUACCUACCCUCCCAAAUGAAAAUAACCACAGCUUCAUAACAGGCUUGCUGUGGAAGCUGGAAUAUCUUCACUCUAGCACCACCACUGGUACACAGAGAUGCACAGCUUUUCUCCUGGCUUCAUUUUCUUUCAUACCUUCUGACCUAAAGUAUAACACUGCUAAUUUAACACCCCCAUUUGUGUAUUGAAAUCCUGUCUCCAAAGGUGUUAGUACUAGAGCUGAGAACUUAGAGUGUGGUGAGGUCAGGAGGUGGAACUUUCAUGAACAGGAUCCAAGCCCUGAUAAAAGAGCCAGAGAACACUUUCCCCAUGUGCCUGAUGGUGAGUGAUGGUGAGUGAUGAAGCAGGUCCUCAAACACCAAAUGUCUGCUGCUUUGAUCUGGGAUUUUUCUUCAGAGACGUGAAGAAUAAAUUUCUAAUGUUUUGAAGCCA